UUGGAGAAAAUGACGGCCAUCAAGCAUGCCUUACAGAGGGAUAUUUUCACUCCAAAUGAUGAGCGUUUACUGAGCAUUGUUAACGUCUGCAAAGCGGGGAAAAAAAAGAGAAACUGUUUCUUAUGUGCUACAGUGACAACUGAACGCCCAGUGCAGGUGAAGGUGAUCAAGGUGAAAAAAUCCGAUAAAGGUGAUUUCUACAAGAGGCAGAUUGCGUGGGAGCUUCGGGAUCUUACUGUUGUUGACGCCAAGGAUGCCAUCAAA